GAGGCCUGAGUACCGGGCAUUGUUUUGUGACGUCACAUUGGAGUAUACCUCGACGGCGCGUGAUGAUUUACCAUUACAUUGAUAGGCCUACUCGCUGGCAGGGCAUGAUGGCGUUCGACGCGGCUUUUGAUGGAGCCGGCCAGAAACCUGGAUUGGAAAUAUGGCGAAUCGAGAAACUGAAGGUUGUGCGGCAGGACCCAAAGACGUAUGGACAAUUCUUCUCAGGAGAUUCUUACAUAUGUCUUAUGACGAAGAAACCGCCAAAAAAGGAUGGCUUUGAAUGGGACAUCCACUUCUGGCUGGGCAAGGAAACAUCGCAGGAUGAAGCUGGCAUAGCGGCCUACAAAACCGUGGAACUUGAUGAAAGUCUUGGCGGAGCACCAGUGCAGCACAGAGAAGUACAAGAGCAUGAAUCGCCUGAAUUCGUGGCCUACUUCAAAAAGGGAAUCAGCUAUAUGGAAGGGGGCAUCGAUUCGGGCUUCAAGAAGGUUGACCGCAAUAAAUACGACAAACGAUUACUCCAGCUCAAAGGGAGGAGGACAGUCAGAACCCGGCAGGUUGAGCUGUCCUUCCACUCUCUCAAUGUUGGUGAUGUGUUCAUCCUUGACUGUGGUCUCGAGCUGUUUACCUGGUUCGGUCCCGAGAGCAGCAGGGUCGAAAGGAUGAAGGGGCUGGAAGUAGCUCGGCAAAUUCGUGACGAUCAAAGAGGAGGAAAAGCUGAAAUAACCAUUAUUGAACCCGAAUUUGCGACCACGCAUGUGCGAUUCUAUGAAGCCCUUGGCACAGACGUGAAAACAGAGGAGGUCACUAUUCGACCUGCUUCUGAUGGUGGCGAUGAUGUUGACUUUGAGAAGGAAAUCCAGGCAGAAACAAAAUUACAUAGGGUUUGUGAUUCGAGUGGUCAAACAGAGAUUCACACAAUUGAUAAGAUGGUAUAUACCCAAAAGGAUUUGGAUACAGAGGAUUGUUUCAUCCUAGAGGCAGGAAAGAGCGGCAUAUUUGUCUGGGUAGGAAAGGGCUGCACUGAUAAUGAGAAGAAGAGUGCCUGGAAGCUAGCUCUUGACUUUCUCGACUCUAAAGGUUAUCCAAAGUGGACCCAGUGCACAAGAGUAGUGGAGGAUGGGGAGACGCCUCUUUUUAAACAAUGCUUCAAGAACUGGAGAGAUAAAGAUGCACAAGAAGGGUUCGGCAAGGUUCACAAUGUUGGUUCCAUAGCAAAGGUUGAACAGGAGAAAUUUGAUGUUAAUACACUUCAUACGCGAAAGGAGAAAGAUGCAGUCUUCAUGCCCGACGAUGGCCACGGACUGGUGCAGGUCUGGCGUAUUGAAGACUUCCAAUUAUCCGAGAUUCCAGACGAUAUGUACGGUAUCUUCUUCGGAGGAGACAGUUACGUCAUAUUGUACUCAUAUUUCAAAAAGGGCAAGAAAAAUCCAGUCAUUUAUUACUGGCAGGGGACGAUGAGUUCGAAGGACGAGAAAGCAGCAGCAGCCAUGUUAGCGCAAGACAUGUUUAUGAAAGAAUUUGACGGCAUGGCAGAAAUGUUCAUAGCACCUCAGAAUAAAGAGCCUGAACACUUCCUGAAGAUCUUCAAAGGUAAGAUGAUUGUCUACAAGGGAGGCACAGCGAGUGGGUUCAAAAACAGGAACGAGAUCGAAGAAGAAGACAAGGAUGAAAACAUGCUCUUCCAAGUCCGAGGCACGAAUGCAUUCAAUACUAGGGCAGUGCAGGUUCCCUGUCAUGCUUUAUCACUCAACUCGAAUGACGUAUUCAUCUUGAAAUCAGGAAAGAAGCAGAAGACGCUCAUUUGGAUAGGAGCGGGGGCGAAUGCUGAAGAGAAAGAAAUGUCAGUAACGGUCGCUAGAGGCAUCUGUAAUGGCCAGCAGGUGAUCAAGCUUGAAGAAGGGGUUGAGGUUCACGAGUUCUGGGAGGCUCUCGGCGGCAAGGCAGAAUACGCCACAGGAACACGAUUAAAGGACAGCAACAAUGAUACACUGGCACGUCUCUUCCAGUGCUCCAACGCAUCCGGAAAGAUCAUGAUUGAGGAGAUCCUGGACUUUGCUCAAGAGGACCUUAAUCAAAAUGACGUAAUGAUCCUUGACGCCUUUGAUCAAAUUUUCGUUUGGGUUGGGAGUGGGGCGAGAGAUUUCGAGAAGAAAGAAGCCCUGGAGGCGGCAAUUGAAUACCUAGGAUCAGAACCCACGGGUCGUACGGAGGCGAACACAGAGCUACUCCACGUGAAGCAAGGGCACGAGCCUUUGGACUUCACUGUCAACUUCCACGCCUGGGACUCAAAGAAAUUUGCAGCAAUGGAACAAACGAUUGAUAACGGCCAAAGCGUACCUGGGGCUGCACCCACGAAUGCAGAGAGUACAGUCUAUCCUGUGACGACUGUUCGUGAGGAGCUGGCCAAAUACAAUGCAAAACAUCCGUACGAGAGACUAUCUGAUCCAGAUCAACCUCUUCCGGAGGGUGUGGAUGAGCUAAGGAAAGAGCAUUUCUUGACUGAUGAAGAGUUUGAAGUCGUGUUUGGAAUGACCAAGGAUGAGUUCGAUGAACUGAAACCAUGGAAACAAACAAUGUUAAAGAAACAGAAACUUCUUUUCUAAAAUGAUAGGACUGCAUGGUUAAGUUUCUUUUCACUGCUUGUGCAAGUCCACCAGACAUUGACGUUAAGGUAAAAAGAGGUCGAGGUGAUACCCGUGGGCAUCACUUAAGGUGCCAUUCAUGAUGUUUUCCUUCAUUGCAUGAUUUGAAAACUGUGCACUAACUGUCAACUAAUUACAUUUCUUCAAAACGUUAUACAUUAUUGAAGCAAAAUGAUGUCCUUCUCCAAACUUCUUGAAGUCAAACUUUUUAAAAUUUGCAUUGCACGAAUGUAGGCUUUUAUCAUUGCCAUCUAGUCAGCUUUUUCGGCAUUGGGGGAGCCAAAGGAGGCCAGAAGUACCCACCGGCACUAACCGUCAGCGGGGACAGACAACUAUUCUAGGGGACAAAAUCGGCUGGCAUUUGACGCAAUGUGUGUCUUGAGAAGGACAAUAUCUAACUGUAUAAAAAAACAUUCCUCAAACAACGUUUUCAUAUCGAAACAUUUGCAUAUAUUUUCAAUUCGCAUCAAUUGCUCUUCCGAUAUUAUGCUCAAGUCAAUAUUUAAACGUUUUUCUUCGACAUCUCUGUUUAACUGUUAAUCCAUUGCAAUCGGUCCACAUAUUAUUAUUGUCUUCUACACAUCGCUCGUGCAUGCCGAAUGGCUUUGCGUCUUCUUCAGCAGCUAAGUGUAGUCACUUACACUGUACAUUGUACAUGUCUUCAAUUUCUGUAGGCUACCUUAGGAGGUUUCUUCUUCCGUUCUCUUCCACAUUCCAAAAUCUUGUUACGUAAUGUACAUACAUUGUAUUGUAAGACUUGCAAUGCUUCUUCACCUCGUGCGUUACGUCGUGUUAAUGCACGGAGAACUGUUUUGUGCUAUUUCUGAUAUGACACAGCGAAGACUAAGACCAAUAGAGACUACUUUCAUCUCUACUGUAGUAUACUUAUAACUGAAACCUGAUGAAGAGUCAGCCUAGCUAGGAGGACCAACGAACGGACCAUUCUAAAAGAAAUCAUGAAUAUACUUUUGUAUAUGUGCCAUAUAUAUGCCCGGGGAGUGGGGCUCAGAUAAAAAAUGUACCGUACAUCUAAUCUGCCGGAGCUACGUUUUGCAUUAAGGGAAUUCUUGGAAGGUAUUAUCAUACGUAUGUAGACGAUUGUUGCAUGAUGGUAGAGGGUAUUUUGCAUUCU